UCCAAAACCCUAAACCCUAGCCGCCGCCGCCGCAGCCGUCGCGGCAGCAGAAGCAAGCCCAGCAGCAGCCAUGUACGCCGCCCUCCGCCGCGCGGCGCCACUCCGGGGGCGCGCCGUGUCCGCGCUGGCGGCCGCGGUGCUCCAGCAGCAGCCGGCGGCGGCGAUGGGGGCGGUGGCCCCGCGGCUGCCGCGGCAGCUCCCGGCGGCCACGGCGGCGUGGUUCCACUCGUCGCCGGCGUGGCUGGGGUUCCGGGAGACGGGGCCCGCCGGCGCGUCGGCGCGGGCGCAGUUCGCGGAGGAGGGGUCGUUCUACGAGGAGGAGAAGAGGGCGGGCGGUGGAGCCGCGGCGGAGGAGGGGCUGGAGAUUGCCAAGCUGGGGAUCUCGUCCAAGAUCGUCGAUAGGCUCGCUAGCAAGGGCAUCACCAAGCUCUUCCCCAUCCAGAGAGCUGUUCUUGAGCCAGCAAUGCAAGGAAAGGACAUGGUUGGUCGUGCCAAAACUGGGACAGGUAAAACUUUGGCGUUUGGAAUCCCCAUCAUGGAUGCUAUUAUCCGCCACAAUGACAAGUACAAGCCUGGAAAGUUUCCCUUGGCUAUUGUUUUGGCACCAACAAGAGAACUUGCAAAACAGGUUGAGAGGGAGUUCAUUGAGUCUUCCCCCUUGGAAACACUAUGUGUUUAUGGAGGAACUCCAAUUAGCCAGCAAAUAAGGAAGCUUGGUUAUGGUGUUGAUGUGGUCAUUGGGACACCUGGACGAGUGAUUGAUCUGCUAAAAAGAGGCUCUCUGAGUUUGGCAGAGAUUCGGUUCGUUGUUCUUGAUGAAGCAGACCAGAUGUUGUCGGUGGGUUUUGAUCAAGAUGUUGAGACAAUUUUGCAGCAAGUGCCUCAGCAGCGUCAAACAUUGAUGUUCUCUGCAACAAUGCCAACCUGGAUACGGAAGCUCACACAAAAGUACCUCAACAAUCCUGUUACAGUUGACCUAGUUGGUGAGGAUGAUCAAAAGCUGGCUGAAGGAAUUAGUCUGUUUUCUAUCGCUACGGAGAACCGCGAAAAACCUGCUGUCCUUGGAGAACUUAUUAAGGAGCACGCUAAAGGUGGAAAGUGCAUUGUGUUCACGCAAACAAAAAGGGACGCUGAUAGAUUGUCAUGCAGCAUGAGUCGAAGUUUCCAGUGUGAAGCUCUUCAUGGGGAUAUCUCACAAGCCCAAAGAGAGAGAACACUGGCAGGAUUUCGUGAUGGACGGUUUAAUAUUUUGAUUGCCACUGAUGUUGCUGCCCGUGGAUUGGAUAUACCAAAUGUUGAUCUGGUGAUACAUUUUGAACUGCCAAACUCGUCUGAGAUAUUCGUCCACAGAUCUGGCCGAACUGGCCGUGCUGGAAAGAAGGGUACUGCAAUUGCGAUGUACAACUAUCGACAAAAUAGGGACGUCCAGUCCAUUGAACGUGAUAUUGGAUCCAAGUUCAAAGAGCUUCCAAAGGUAAAUGUCGAGGGAUCUGUCUUGCUUGGUGGUGACUUCGAUUCCUUCGGUGGUGGUGGUGGUGGAGGGUAUGGUGGAUCAAACUUUGGGCGCUCACGGGGCUCCGGUGGACGUGGUGGUGGUUUUGGCAACUCAUCAGGCAGGGGUGGUGGAUUUGGCCGAUCAGGAGGUGGUGGUGGUGGAUUCGGAGAUUCAGGAUUUGGCCGCUCAGACGGUGGAUUCGGUGGCUCAGGAUUUGGCCGUUCAGGUGGCGGAGGAGGUUUUGGUGACUCUGGGUUUGGUCGCUCAAGCGGUGGAUACGGUGACUCAGGGUUUGGUCGCUCAAGUGGUGGUGGAUCUGGUUUUGGUCGUUCCGGUGGAUUUGGGGAUUCUGGCUCAGGUCGGUUUGGUGGCGGUUUUGGUAGUAGCUCAGGUGGUUUUGGUGGUGGCUUUGGUGACAGGAAGUCGGGUUGAUUUGGCAACUCGUCUUAGUCUGAAGAUGGACUUGGGCAAAAGUAAUAGCAUCUACCCUUAAUAUGGUUAUCCUGAUGAUUAGUAUGGACAUUUGAGGGUCAUAAUAGAGAUAGGCCAUUCUUGACCCGUUGUUUGAUCCCUCUGAGGCUCUGUUGGUGACAAGGCUGGAGUCACUGCCGUGGAAAACACUCGCUUAUCCUUUUGUCUGGAGAGGGAUUGAUCAGAAUGCAGCAGGAAAUAAUCACGAGUGCUAUUUUUCAUUACUGUUCUGUUUUUUCCUUUGCCUUUUGAUCCUUCAAGCUCUAGCAAUAGAUCAUACCUGUAAAAUAUGCAGAGGGUUCUCUGCGGAUGAUUUUCUUAUAUCGUUUUUGGUAGUGGCACUGUACUGUAUGAUGAUUUUGGUGCGACCUUGUAGGCCAUUCUGACCUGAAUGACGUUCUCUAUAAUCGUAUCGUAUAUCUACCAUUCUACCCCA